AUGUGUCGUGGAUAUUGUAGGAAUUAUGUUCUUCUUACACCAUCAAAGAUAAUUGCAGUUAAAGAAAGUUAUCAAACAACACAAUAUCCAAGCAUAAAGAAAGAAUUGAAUUUAACGUUAAAAGAGUGGGAAAAUAUACUCAAUUUGGUGGAUAUUACCAAGUUUAAGGCUACACCGAAUGUACUAGGUUGUCCAGAUUGUGCUGACGGUGGUGCUGAAUGGAUUGAAAUUGUCUUUCAAAGUGGUACAAAGCGUGUUACAUUUGACAAUGGUCGAACUAUUCCCGGUCUGGAAUCAUUGGUUAACAAGUUAAGAGAAAUAAGAAAUGAAUAUAUAAACUAA